AUGUCUGCCAAGGUCAUUAACCCAUCCCCGACUUUAAGUCCGCAACUACAAGAGGUCUUGCGUCGAUUGGACAUUUCAUCUCCAUUUUUAUAUAGCAAUAAUGGACUGAAAGUUAACCAAUCGGUUUUUUCAAAGUCGGGAUCAGCGACAUUGUCUAUCAGCGAAGCCGACGCCGAUGGGUAUCCUUUUUUAUCAAAUUCGAAAUGUGAUCUUGACAGAGAAAAUAUAUUAGAACAAUUAACUAUAGCUCGAAAUUCUGAGAAUUUGUUCAAGUGGAAGAAUAAUUACCUUCACGAGUAUUUGGUAGAAUAUUUUAGAAAAAAGCAAAUGACGUAUGUUUUUGGGAACGAACCGGAAGAUUCGGAAAUACAAAAGAUUCAUCUCCACACGCUCGAUGACUUUGAUAUAUUGAAGCAAGAAAUACAAGCUUCUUGAGAAAGCCACGAAGCGGAAGUGGCUUCAUUCGAGGCAUUGCUCAUGUCGAAGAAGAAAAAAGUAACUGCAGCGAUUAAUGAUUUAGUAGCCAUGGAACGUGGGACGGGAGCAUCUAGUAUCGUGAACGGAAAACCACUUUCUGAUGAGAAAAUCGAUGAUUUGCUUUCCCGCCAACUAAAUAAAAUCCAAGAAAUUUCUAAAUGUCGAAUCUCUUACUCUCUUUUACGCGAUGAUCUGCUAGCAAAAGAAGCGACAAUAAAGGCAAUGAACAUUGUAAAACCGAAUUUAGGACUUGAAGAUUAUGAACGUUUAGAAGUGGAGAACUAUUGUUAUAAACAGGAAUUAAAAAAAGUCGAAAAUGAUCUAUCCGAUCGAAAUGAAAAAUUAAAUGAUAUUUUGCUGGAACUACAGAAGGUAAAGGAAAAACAAAAUUACGUAACGGGUGCAAUUGCAAAUUGCGAGAAACUCGUUGAAGCCAUCCAGGUUGUUCUGAAAAUUAAAUAUUCCGAAAAGAGGAAUUCUUUGGCAAAACUGAAACUAAUUAAAAGCGUUUAUCAAAGGGUUGAUGAAUCUUUUGGUCAGCGGUAUCGUGCAAACAUGAAUUCAAGGAUAACAAUAUUCCGCAAAGAACAGCAAAAGUGGUUAAAUCAAAUUUCAUCGAUCAUGGACGAGAUUAAAAAAGAACGAAGUCGAUUAGACGUGCUUACGGCAUACUUAGCAAUGCACAACGACAAAUUAGUUAAAAAUAGUAAGCGUAACAGCGAAAGUGCAGCAAAGUUCAAUAAACGUAAGACAAACUUGCCUCCGUUAGGUGGAGGAUUCCAUCAAUCCUUCAGAAAAAUGAUUAAUAAAUUGUGA